CAGCCACAAGUCAUUUUGUACACCCGCCUGUCUCCAUAUCUGUAUGAGUGUCCAUGCGAAUGGAGAAAUGAGAAAACACGAAGGAGACACACACAAAGGAAGACAGAUUCGAUACGGACAAAUGAGACGUGCACACCCAGCAUACCACACCAGCACCAGACAGCGUGAGUCAGGUGAGAAGAGAAUAGGACAGAGGCAGGGAGAUGUCUGUCAUCGAUCGUCAGUCACUCAGCUAGCUUGAAGACGAUGAAGAGCCACAUACAGGUCGACGCCGCCCCGACCACUGCACACGCGGAAGAACGAACACUGCUCUCGUCUGUUCGGUCUCGUGUGUGUGUGUGUGUGUGUGUCGACAUGCGCACCUCUGGUUUGUCAGCGCCUGUACCGUGUGAUGGCUGCCAUCUUGCUGACGGCCACCGGGAAGCGGGGGCCGUUGCCGCCGUCCUGCGGCUCCUCGGUCGUGUUGAUCUCCAGGUCGACCAAACCGGUGCCGUCGCCCCUUCUGCUGAGGGCCAUGUGCACCGCACACGGGUCGCCCGCCUCCUCGCCACACAGCACCACCAGACGGCUUGACGUGCCGCCGAUGGUGUGGUCGGCUGUGCGGCAGCCGUCCUUGAGCAUCUUGAUGGCGGCCUGCGUGGGGGGGUCGUACUGCUCGAUCAUCUCCGGUGUGACAGCGUCGCCUCGGAUCUCCUGCCCGCCCAGAAAGAACUUCUCUGCACACACAGAUUUAUUCAGGCAGUCAUUCACACGGAUGGGUGAAGCAGAUGAGUGUGUGUGGGUACGCAGAGUCUGUCUGACCUCGCCGAAACAGAGGCGCUGGCUCGUCCAUGAGGAGGUCGAACGUCACGCCGCGCCCUGGCCCUUCCAUGAGGAGGUCGAACAUCACGUCGCACCUCUCGUCCAGCUCGCACCAGGCCUUGCAGUACACCGGCCGCGCCCCCUCAAACGUCAGCCUGAAUGAACGAAUGAGUGGAUGGAUGGAAGGAAGAGCCAAGGGAGACAGAGAAACGCGGGCCACUCAUGGCGGGCACUUUGGUGUCUUCUCUCUCUCUCAACGUACUUCCGCAACAUCACGUCGCUAAACUUGCUGUAUCUGGCACGCCCGACUGCAGACAGACAGACAGACAGACAGACAAGAAGAACAUGAGCAUGCCUCACUUCGUUGGUGCGUUGCCCUCUCCAACCUACGUGAGAUCGGCGGGCCAUCUCUGUCGAUGCUGCUCGACUGUGUGCCUCUCGUCGACGCCAAACCGCUCAGAAUACCACGCCCCCCCACGGUCCCCGUCACGCCCCAGUCACCGCUCCGCGGCAGCUCUAGCCCUCUGCCCAGCCGAUGGCCAAACAGUGACCACUGUCGGAUGGCGGAAGGGCGGUCGAACAGGGCCUUCCUGCCCACCAUGUCGACGUCGUCAGCCGUCAGCUCGAUGGGCAGCGACUCGACCCGCUUGUGGUGCUUGGCCAGGCGUAUGAGCCCCCCACUGCCCGUCCAGUCACCCCCCGCUCCGAACACGUACGCCAAGCGCACCAGCCGAAACGGCUGGAGGACGCCCGCCGACUGACUCACCGGCCCGAAAGCGAGCACGUCCGACAGGCCCCGCCUCGCCAACAACCCUCUGAUCUCCGGCACGAGUGUCGCCGCGACGGCCCGUCCGACAGCGGGGGCGGUGCUGUAGAGGGAAGUGUUCAUCUUGGCCAUUGUGGUGUGGUGGGUCUGCUGGUCGACGAGUUGGGUGUCCUGCUGGCUGGCGAAUGGCAGGAGCGUCUCGCGAAGAAUGUCUGCGGAGAGCAUGUUCACGCUCCGAACGAACUCAACCACGUCGACCUGACACACAGAGAGAGAGGGAUGGCGCGUCCAUCUUGCUGACAGCAGCACGGUGUGACACUACCGGACGUACCUGCUCCUGGUGAGGAUUCCUGGUGAGGAUGCUGAGGGCGUCUAGGAAUGAAACUCCGAAGCCCGUGUUGGACGACUCCUGCACAGCAAACAAGGGUGUGCGCACACACACGGAUGGGUGGCCUCUCAGGUACGUCACCUGUCCAUCCUUAUUGGCUCGGCCGAUGUAGGCGCAGGUCUUGAGGUGGCCAUCCAGCUGAACCAACCACACACCCACACAAACACAAACACGGCAGAGACCAUAUCAAUACUCGCCCGAGACAACCAGAUCAUUCACGUGUGUGUGUAUGUGUGUGUGUUUGCGGACCAAUGCUACUUCGUCGAGGUGUUUGGACUCCUUCUGCAGUGGGCGCAGUGUGUCGGCGAUGCCGGUGAUGGCACUCUGCAGCGCCGGUAGCCGGCUGGCCGCCACAGACCCCUACACCCACAAGACACACGCAGCCAAAGGACGGAUGAAUGGAUGGGUGGACGACACGCCAUGAGCCGACCGACUCACUGACCUUCGCAGCCAGGUGCGUGAUCGCGUCGCCCAUCUGCAUACACACACACACACACACCCAGCAAACACGACACAUGUCACUCCACCCACCACCUCCGCCCAUCGACCCAUCCCCGCCGCUCUCACCUGCGAGUGCAGCACAGCCGCCUGCUCGUGCAGGUCUUGCAUACGCGCCAACGCAUCAUUGAACCGCUGCAAAGGCACACAGACGACACCAUGGUGAGCAGCCGGACGACUGCUUGACGCGUGUGUAUCGCUGCAUGGCAUUGUUCUCUCAACGCCGAUCGGUCAUCCCGUGUGCCGCCCUGGUCGCUGAGUGACGUGAACAGAUACCCAAACACACCGCCGCUACGUGCACCACCUGAACCGAACCAACACAGACAGAGCACCGCACGGCUCUGUUUGUUUGCUUUCUUAUCCAUCUCACAGCCGAUGAAUCAGCCCACCAACAUACCUGCCGCAGCCUGGGCCGCAGCUGAUGUCGACGCUCCUGAUGCUGCUGCGCCGUUCAUUCUGAGGGCCCAGCGACUGAGGACACAAUCUAACGGAAUCGACGAGGAAACCUGGGAGCGCCGGCGCCCAAAUCCUAAACACUGUAGGUAGGUUCCGAGGAGGGCGUGCAGGUCAUCAUCGAACUGUAUGAAUCACACACACAGACGGACCCCCACACACACAGAGACAGGAAACGUUACAUCGAGGCGGCGACAACCGGCCGCUUCGUGUGUGUGUGCGGACCAGUGCUACUUCGUCGAGCUGUUUGGACUCCUUCUGCAGUGGGCGCAGGGUGUCGGCGAUGCCGGUGAUGGCACUCUCCAGCAGCUUCUCGCGACCCUCAGUAGCUACACCGCCCUGCACAACCAAACAAAUAAACAAACAGAGAAACAAACAAACAGAGAGAGAAACAUCACUGUGGGUGAGUGUUUGGCUGUGUGUCAAACACAGACCUUGGCGGCAGAGAACCUGAUCGUGUCGCCCAUCUGCACACACACGCCACACACGUCACUCCGCUGGCCUGUCUGCCGUCCAGUGGUGUGCUCUCACCCUUGAGUGUAACGAACCAAUCUGCUCGUGCAGGCUGAGCAGCACGCCAACCAUCUCACGGAACCUCUGCAAAGCACCGCACACACCACACCAUGACAAGCAGACGAAUGCGCGAUGUGUGGCUGAGUGUCCUCUCACCGCUGAUCGGUCGUCUUGCGUGUUGCCAUUGCUGCUGAGUGACGUGAACAUAUUCUUGAAGAGAUUGCUGGUACUUGCACCACCUGAACCGACACAAAGUUCACAAACAAACACCGCCACAGCACACAGCAACACACUCAUUGCAGCACACUGAGUGUGACGCUCCUCUGUCUGCCUUUCAUCCAUCCCUCUCCCGGCCAGUCAAUCAGCCCACCUGCAGCAGCUGAUUUCGAUGCUGUCGAUGGUGCCGCCGCUGCGCCGUUCAUGCCGCCAGCAGUGCUGUGUGCCUGGAGCAAGAAGAGGGCGGCGCCGUGAGAAGUGAAGGAUCGGCCAGGGAGCCGCCGGUGUCACCUUCGGAGGCGAGCCCUCACACCUCCUCGGC